GUGAAUCUCUCCGUCUCCUUCUUCUUACCAUGUUUCUACCCUAUGGACCAGUGGCUACGGUUAACAACGAAAGCUCCAAGGGCGUACUUUAGAGUACUAAUGACUCUAACCGGCCAAAUAAGAAUUAUAAAAAUGGAAUCAAGUCUAACGUAAGCAGUUCUUUUGUGUCGCCAAAGGCACAAACCAAGCCAAGACAUCUCCGCCGCCAUUUCAGACAUGGUAGGAAGUCCUGCUCGAUCACAGGGAAGUCGGAAGAGCUCCUCCUACAAUGGAAGCCGGAGAACUGUAUCGGAAUUCUCAGGUAGUUCUCCUUUUUCCGACGUUUCUUCUGUUAAGUCCUCAAAUUCCGGCGGAAAUCCUGUAAAGGUCGCCGUCAGGAUGGUUGCGGAAGUCUUCGGUUCGUGCUUUAGUUCUCCGGAAGCACCAUCGUCUUCAGCUACUUCUGUUGAUAGUGGCGGUAAGAGGCGUAGUUCCAACCUAGGGAUCUAUGGGAAAUCUUAUAAUUCGACCCAAACAGCGGAACCUGGGGGUGUGAAAUUCACCAUGGAGGAAAUUUACAAAGCUACCAGGGAUUUCUCUCCUUCUCUCAAGCUUGGACAAGGCGGGUAUGGAACUGUUUACAAGGGGAGGCUUGAAGAUGGCACCUUUGUCGCUGUUAAACGUGCGAAGAAGAGUGUUUAUGAUAACCAUUUGAGUGUGGAGUUCCAAAGUGAGAUCCAGACAUUGGCACGAAUAGAGCAUUUGAAUCUGGUUAGGUUCUUCGGAUAUAUAGAGCAUGGAGACGAAAGGAUUGUUGUGGUUGAGUAUGUUCCCAAUGGAACCCUCAGACAACACUUGGAUGGGGUAAAUGGCAAAACUCUGGGCUUUGCUGCCCGAUUGGAUGUUGCCAUUGAUGUGGCUCAUGCGGUUACGUAUCUCCAUAUGUAUGCAGAUCACCCAAUUAUCCAUAGAGAUAUCAAGUCUUCGAAUAUUCUCCUCACCGACAACUUCCGGGCCAAGGUGGCUGAUUUUGGUUUUGCUCGCUUGGGUGCGGACACUGAUUCAGGGGCCACUCAUGUAUCCACCCAGGUGAAGGGAACAGCAGGCUACUUGGACCCUGAAUACCUGAGAACUUAUCAGCUAACAGAAAAGAGUGAUGUCUACUCAUUUGGGGUGUUGCUGGUUGAACUUGUUACAGGAAGGCGCCCUAUUGAGCCAAAGAGGGAAGUGCAGGAGCGGAUUACUCCCAAAUGGGCCAUUAAGAAGUUUGCGGAUGGAGAAGCGAUAACGACGAUGGAUUCAACAAUAGAAAGGUCUGCUGCAACUAACCUUGCACUAGAAAAGAUUUUGGAGCUAGCCUUACAAUGCCUGGCUCCAACCAGACAGAGUCGGCCAUCCAUGAGGAGGUGUGCUGAGAUCUUAUGGAGCAUCCGUAAGGAUUACAGAGAGCUCACUGCACCAGACUACAACCGUUCAAUCUCCUCUAGUUCCCACAUAAGUUCAUCUAGUAGAGAAGAGUAAAAAAGGUUGGUUGAAUGAAAUCCGGAGCUUUCUGAACCUCGUGUCAGUGAGUCAAUCCAGAAAGCACGCAGAUGCAACAGUUACAUACUUCUAAGAGAGCUAAUCAAUUUGGAUUCUGAUGCUGGAUUGCCAUGAAUUAAACUUAAGCUGGCCCCAGUUUGAUUGCAUUCUCAAUUGGGCGGGGUGUCAUCAUGCUAUCUUGAAAACCAGGCAUUCUGCAGCUUCUUACCAAGCGGAUUCGUUUCAAAUGGAUUGGGUUUUGGUGCUGCAAUUAAUUUGCUGUUUCUGUGUAUACUAGUUCUGGAGGAUUUUUUGUUUCUCAAAUCUUUUCCCCAUCAAACAAUAUAUAUAUGAUAAUUGUUGUUAUGUAA